GACCGCCUCAGACCCCGGGGCCGCCUCAGAGCCCGGGGCCGCCGCCCGCGCCCCGGCGGAGCCGCUCGGCCACAGCCCGGCUCCCCACCGAGCCCCGGGGGACGGGCGCUCAGGAUGUUCCCACAGGGACGGCUCCCGCCCCCGGUGCAGCCCGGGCAGCCCUUCAAGUUCUCGGUGCUGGAAAUCUGCGACCGCAUCAAGGAGGAGUUUCAGUUCCUGCAGGCGCAGUACCACAGCCUGAAGCUGGAAUGCGAGAAGCUGGUGAGCGAGAAGACAGAGAUGCAGAGGCAUUAUGUCAUGUACUACGAGAUGUCCUACGGCCUGAACAUUGAAAUGCACAAGCAGGCAGAGAUUGUCAAGAGGCUGAGUGCCAUUUGUGCCCAGAUUAUUCCCUUCCUGACGCAGGAGCACCAGCAGCAGGUCCUGCAGGCAGUGGAACGGGCCAAGCAGGUGACCAUGGGCGAGCUCAACAGCAUCGUCGGGCAGCAGCAGCUUCAGCACCUCUCGCAGCACGCAUCCCCCCUCCCGCUGACACCCCACCCCUCGAGCAUGCAGCCCCCCAGCCUGAGCGGGGCCGCGGGGCUCCUGGCCCUCUCGGGGGCACUGAUGGCACAGGUUCAGCUGGCCACCAAGGAGGACAGAGUGGCCCAGGAUGGGGAGAACAGAGAGCACACCCCAAGCAGGAGCGUUUCUUCUUCCCCUGCCGAGAGCCUGCAGGACGAGGAGCGCACGGGGCUGAAGAGGAAACGGGAGGAGAAGGAGCUGCCUGGGCAUUCUGACAGUGAUGGGGACAAGAGUGACUACAACCUGGUGGUGGAUGAGGACCCGCCCUCGGAGCCCGGCAGCCCCGGCCGCUCGCCCAGCCAUUGCCGGGCUCCGUCCCGCCGGGAGCUGCCCGGGAGCCCCGCGUCCACCGGCUCCGGCAGCACCGCGCCCGGCCGGGCCAAGGAGCAGAGCCCGCCUGACUCAGUGGCCAGCGCUCCCAGCUCCAAGCCCUCCUCUUCCUCACCACCCCAUGACUCCCUCACGCCAGGCCCUGGGCCCAGCUCGGCCGUCGCUCUCCGGCCACCCCCGGCCAAGGCCCCCAGCACCGACAGCAUCACUCUCCGCAGCCCCCUGAGCUCCUGCAGCCCCUACACGUCCUCCCUGGCCGUGGUGCCCCACGCCGCCCUCAGCAGGGAGCUCCCAGCCCCUGGCCUCUACAUGGGCGUCCACCUGUCAGUGCCCCAGGCCAGCAGCACACUGCUCUACGGCCGCUCCCCCGGGGUGGCGUUUGAGUCUCACCCUCACCUGAGGGCUUCCAGCCUCUCCUCUUCGCUCCCCACCAUCCCUGGAGGGAAGCCUGCCUACUCCUUCCACGUCAGCGCCGACGGGCAGAUGCAGCCGGUGCCGUUCCCCCCCGACGCCCUCGUGGGCUCCGGCAUCCCCCGGCACGCGCGGCAGCUGCACACCCUGAGCCACGGCGAGGUGGUCUGUGCUGUCACCAUCAGCAACUCCACCAGACACGUCUACACCGGGGGCAAGGGCUGUGUCAAGGUCUGGGACGUGGGGCAGCCGGGCACCAAGACGGCCGUGGCUCAGCUGGACUGCCUGAACCGUGACAACUACAUCCGCUCCUGCAAGCUGCUCCCCGACGGCCGCAGCCUGAUCGUGGGGGGGGAGGCCAGCACCCUGUCCAUCUGGGACCUGGCAGCCCCCACGCCCCGCAUCAAGGCUGAGCUCACCUCCUCUGCCCCCGCCUGCUACGCCCUGGCCAUCAGCCCUGACGCCAAAGUCUGCUUCUCCUGCUGCAGCGACGGCAACAUCGUGGUGUGGGAUCUGCAGAACCAGACGAUGGUGAGGCAGUUUCAAGGCCACACGGAUGGUGCCAGCUGCAUUGACAUCUCUAACUAUGGCACCAAGCUGUGGACAGGGGGGCUGGACAACACCGUGCGCUGCUGGGACCUGCGGGAGGGCCGGCAGCUGCAGCAGCACGACUUCAGCUCCCAGAUCUUCUCCCUGGGCUACUGCCCCAUGGGAGAGUGGCUGGCCGUGGGCAUGGAGAGCAGCAACGUGGAGAUCCUGCACGUCACCAAACCCGACAAGUACCAGCUGCACCUCCACGAGAGCUGUGUCCUCUCUCUCAAAUUCGCCUCCUGUGGUAGGGAAGUGGUUUGUGAGCACGGGGAAGGACAACCUGCUCAACGCCUGGCGGGCGCCCUACGGAGCCAGCAUCUUCCAGUCUAAGGAGUCCUCAUCAGUCCUGAGCUGUGACAUCUCUCUCAAUGACAAAUUCAUCGUUACGGGCUCUGGUGACAAGAAGGCCACAGUGUAUGAGGUGGUUUACUGACUCCUGUCGCCAUCAGGAAUGGGGACACACCUUGCCCAUUGCCACCAUGGCUCACAGAAGCCUCCAGUGCUGGACCUGCCCUCCUGCAGCUCUACUCUUCCUCCUCCUCCACUGCUUUCAGACACCAAACCAAGGCCUUGGCCCCAUUCUCCUGCCCUGGUUCUUGCAGGAGGCUGGAGGUGAGGGCUGGGUGUAGCCUGGCAUCCCCUGAGCUGGGCAAGGGCUGGGCUGGACAUCCUGGGCCCUGUCUGUCCUUCAGGCCAGCUGCACAGGGAGCUGGCCAAAGCCCGAGAGCGUGUGUCUCCUGAAUUACUGCUACUGACUUAACAGCACCCAUUUUCUGCUGCAGAAACAGCUGUAAAUUAUCACUAAAGAAAUGUAUUUAACUAUGUUUUCAAUCCCUUACUAAUAAAAAAGAACAAAAGAAGGGCUGGGCUGGUUCUGGGCAGGGGCCUUUGCCAGCCAGUGCUGCCAGCUGUGCCAAGGGCUGGGCUCUGGAGGGGCUCCUGGGGGGCUGCUCUUGGCCAGCAGCACAGGGGAGGAUGCUCCCAGGAUGGCAGAAGUGUGGCUGCUGGCCUGCCAGGGCAGCCCCAGCUCCAGCACCGCUCUGUGGUGCCUGUGGUGAGCUGUGGCUGGGGGCAGGAGCCCGGAGCAGCUGCCACAGUGCAGCCCUUGCCAGCCCCGGGCUCCUGGGAGCAGCCCUGCCUGCCCACGGCAGUGCUGGCAGACAGCCAGAGCGAUAAGGGAGGCGCUGAGUGCUCACAGCUCAUUUCCUUCACAAACCACUUCCUCCAGGGCUCUCCUCUCCCCCACACCCCGGAGCCCGAGGCUGCUCCACUGGGGCAUGGCACAGCCAGCACCACUCUGUGCCCACACUGCUGCUCCUGGCUCCUGCUGCCCGCCAGGGCCAGGGAUGGGCUCUGCCCACCGAGGAGCCCCUCAGACCCUCCUCAGCACAGGAAAGGAGCACCAAGUUGUGACCAACAGGAACAAGGCUCCUGCCAUGGUGUCACCCUUCCCACCUGGCUCCGUCCCACUCCCACAGAGCAUCGAGGCUACUGCCCAGGACAAGGCACAGCUGCCUUUUUUUUUUGUUUGUUUUUAUUAUUAAAUACACCCUGGGAGGCACAAAGGGAAGUGAGGCCAGAGCCCAUCCACCCUGGCAGGCCCAGAGCCUUAAACAAAUAAAAAC